CUUUGUAUGCUGCCGCCGAGUCCUUAUCCCGGCGUUUCAUUCUAUUCCAUUUCAAUUAGCAUUCCUACAAACACAAACCUAAUCAAUCUGCCUUCGAUUUCUCAAUCAUCAGAUCACAACUCACUUGCGAGGUAUUCUUAUCUCUUCAUCAAUUUCAUUCCUCUCUUUUUUCUUCUUCUUUUCUUUCUUUCUAGGUUUUCUCUUCUCCAUGGCUUCCCUCUCAUCGCAAUCCAACACGAAUUUGCUUCGGUACUUUGUAUGAAUAUUAAUGUCAAAUUCAGAUGAAAUAACGAUUCCACCUAAAUCGAAGAGAUUAAAACAUGAAAACGAAGACAAGCUAAGUGAUUUACCUGAUUGCGUUAUCCUUCACAUAUUGUCAUUCUUGAACGCAAAAGAAGUCGUUAGAACUUGUAUUUUGUCUCCAAGAUUGAAGAAUCUUUGGAAAAGUAUUCCAACUCUUGUAUUGCAUUCGACCAAUUUUUCUACUUUCAAGAGUUUUACCAAAUUCGUUUCUAAGAUUUUGACUCUUCGCGAUGGCUCAAUUGCACUGCAUGCUCUUGAUUUUGAGCGUAUAGGUAGUAUCGAGCCUCACCUUCUCAAAAGAAUUGUAAACUAUGCUUUUUCUCAUAAUGUUCAACGAUUGGGAAUUUCUGUGAAAGGUGAUAUUUGUCAUAUUCUGCCCUGUAUUUCUUCGUGUCGUACAUUAACAUCUCUUAAGCUUUCUGUUUCUCCUAAAGGUCGUCAUAAUUAUGGCAGAACAUUGUUUCCUAAGUCUUUGAAUUUGCCAGCACUAACCACCUUGCAUCUAGGGAAUUUCGCUUUUUGUGCUAGUGACAAGGACAAGACUGAGCCAUUUUCAGCUUUUAAUAAGUUGAAUAGUUUGGUCAUUGACAAUUGUACAGUGAAGGAUGCACAAAUUCUUUGCAUAUCAAGUAAGACGCUUGUCAAUUUGACUAUGCGUAACCAUUCUUCUGACCUUUACAAAAUUGAACUAUCUGCACCUAGUCUUUGCACAUUUGCUUUUACCGGCACCCCUUAUCAGAAACUCUGUGGAAACAAUCUUUCUUCUGUUAAACAAGUCAAUAUUGAUGCAGAAAUGUUGUCAAACUACACAGAGCCUCCUUUGGUUUUACUUAGCUGGUUAUUAGAGCUUGCCAAUAUCAAAUCAUUGACGGUCUCUGCAAGUACUCUUCAGGUUCUCUCCUUAAUUCCCGAUUUAUUGAAGGAUAAGCUCACUUCCUUGUGUAACUUGAAGUCACUUAAAGUACAACUAAAACCACUUUCAUAUGGAUUAUCCAUGACACUGAGAACUGCCAAGUUUCAAAAAGAAUUUAAAGCAGGAUCAGAACCAUCUUCACCCAUACCCGAUGGCAUAGUGGACUUUUUGAUUCAAAACUCACCGUCGGCAGAAGUCGACAUCAUAGAUUGCUCAAGGUUUGGCGGCUCCUUUGACAAUCUACCUCCAUUUCCUAUGUCUUCCAUUUUUCCUCAAUUCCUCCAGCCUUCAUCUCGAGAGCCUGUUGUGGAUGACCUGCGUCAACGGAUACAACAGUUAGAGCAAGCCGUAUUGGAAGUACAGCAGUAUAUUCAACUAGCCCAUGAGGAGAUAUCUCGGGAGAGGGACGAAAUGUCUGCCAUUCAAGGGCAUAUGUCGAUGCUGUCAAAGACCCUUGCUGCCCUAAAGCGGCAGAUGCAGACCAUGGGGUUGUGGCAAUAGUGUCAAAGAUCAUCAGCGCCUCUAUCAAUAUCGCGAUGACUGAUGAUGAUGAGGAUUAUAUAGAUUUUAAGAAUAGCUAAACAUGUUUUUGUCUUGAAUAUUUAAUCUCUCUUCUCUAUAUAUAAAUCAUUUAGUGUUGUUUUUUACCCUUCAAUUUUUAAUAAUUGAUUAUUUACUGUUGCUUUGUGAGUGCAAA